CUGUGUGAGAGGGCGGGGCACGUCGAGGUCCUUCGGGUUGGGGAGAGCGGGAGCGUUUACGUCACCGGGGAGUUCUCCCAUCCGGGGUGUGGACGGCGCGGUGACGUCACCCCAGGCGCGUCCCGGGGGCUCCCUCCAGCAUCCGGACGCUCACGAGAGGGGAGGAGGCGUCGCAGAGGCGGAAAUGUCCCAGAAGCCCCCGCGCGCGCCGGAAGGACCCGGAACGGAAGUGGGGGAGAUGAUGAAGAGGAGGAUGGCUGCACAUUAAUAGAUGCUCUCUCGUACCUGGUCGUGGGCGGAGUUGCUCUGAUGUACGGAGGACCAGCCCUGGUGGGUGCAUUGGGGUUCCAGGCCACCGGCAUAGCAGCCAAGUCCGUGGGUUCCUGGUUGAUGAGUUGGUCUGCCAUAAGUUCGGGAGGUGGCGUGCCUGCAGGGGGAGUCGUGGCCACGCUCCAGAGCCUCGACCUGAUGGAAACUCUCUUCUGGAAGAAAAUGGCCUCUUUUCUGUUGCCUGCAUUUUGCCUUUUGAGCGGAGCCGGGUGGACAUCUGGAUGGGUGGUCCCUGAUUUUGGCAACGUCUACCACGUCUUAGGGGUUAUCGACCUGCCGUUCGCUGAAAUCCAGGAGCCCUUCGAAGCCUGGUACAACCUGACGGGAGAGAAGAGCCGGAUCCAGUACUACCAGGGGCAAGUGAUCACCUUCCAAUAUGGGGCAGAGAGGCUGUUUGGUGCCCUCUACAAGAUCACCCCAGAGACCACCGAGCUGGAGCUGAACGUCCGGAAGUGCUUCCGGAUCAGCGGCAGCCCCAGGAAGCGUAUCUAUCCACAGAGCGUCCUCCCCAGGCUGGACGGCUUCAAGCCCGUGCGGGAGGAGUUCUACAAAGGGCAGCUCUGCACCGUGUGGCAGAACGUGUCCUACUGGGGCCAGAAGGAGAACGUCUACACUUUAUGGGUGGCCAGCUCCGCCGACGGCCCCGUGCCCGUCCUCUACGAGAUGCAGGGCUUCAACAGCCUGCUGGACUCCCACUACGACAAGUGCAAGAUAGACUACAGCGGCUUCACCCACAGCUACCCAGCCGGGGUCUUGGACCUCCCAAGCAACAUGGAGUGCGAGUUUCCUCCAGGAGACGGAGUGGAGCAUCAUAUCCUCGCCAACCCCAUGGGGGAUUUCAUGGGCAGGCAGGCGGAUCGAGGCCAUCAGCUGUUCCAUCACUACCGGCGGGAGUACAGGAAGGAGUACGGCAGCGAGAAGGAGCUCGAGCGCAGGGCACAGACCUUCAUUCACAACAUGAGGUACAUCCACUCCAAGAAUCGAGCCCACCUGCCCUACAAGCUGGCACUGAACCACCUGGCCGACCGCACCCCGGAGGAGUUGGCCGUGUUGCGGGGGAGGCUGCAGGACCAAACUCCCAACAAUGGGCAGCCGUUCCCACUGGCACAGUACGCUGGCAUCAUCCUGCCUGAGAACCUGGACUGGAGGCUGUACGGCGCGGUGACCCCAGUGAAGGACCAGGCUCUGUGCGGCUCCUGCUGGAGCUUUGCUGCUACAGGAGGAUUAGAAGGUGCCCUGUUCCUCAAGACCGGAGGCCUGACCCCCCUUUCUCAGCAAGCCCUGAUGGACUGCUCCUGGGGCUUCGGGAACUACGCCUGCGACGGCGGCCUCCCUUGGCAGGCCUUUAAAUGGGUCAGGAAGCACGGCGGCAUACCGAGUGCCAAGUCCUAUGGGCCGUACAGGGGCCAGAACGGGUAUUGCCACUACAACUCAUCUGAGCUCCUCGCCAACAUCACGGGCUACGUCAACAUCCCGGUCGGCGACGUCACCGCCCUGAGAGCCGCCAUCUUCAAGAACGGCCCUGUGGCCGUCAGCAUCGAUGCCUCCGCCAAGUCGUUCGUAUUUUACUCCAACGGUGUCUACUAUGAACCCCGGUGUGGGAAUGCCAGCAGCAGCUUGAACCAUGCGGUGCUGGCCGUGGGCUACGGGGUCCUGCAAGGGGAGAGCUAUUGGCUCAUCAAAAACUCCUGGUCCACCUACUGGGGUAACGACGGCUACAUCCUCAUGUCCAUGCGGGACAACAACUGCGGGGUGGCGAUGGCUGCAACGUACCCCAUCCUGGCCUGAUCUCCAGCCGCUCCUGGGUCAGAGGGAAGCGAGCUGGCUUCAGGAUGCUGGUCCUUAGCAGCCUGCCGGGCCUGCUCUUUAUCUGUGCUUGGCUUGCGCUCUGGACGGGACCAAGCUAUGUGCUUUAGCGCCUGAUCCUGCAUGGCCUAGGCGCUUGCUCGUUCAUGCUGAGUGCCCUGAAAUCCCCGGGAAGCCAAAUGGAAGCUCAGGGCAACAAGGGCCUCCUGAGGCUGCAUCUGCAGGGUCAGCCCCUCUCGCUGGAUAGGAUUUCAGCUCAGCCCAGGUAGGCAGACCCGAGCGGAUUUUGAUCUAGCUAGACGCAGUCUCCGCUAGCCUUGAUCUAGCGAGAUCAAAGCUGGCUUGAGUAACAAGGCCAGUGUAGCCACUUAGUGCCAGGGGCCAGUCUCCUGAGUACCCCCCACCCCCGGUCUUGACUCCAGCAGCUAGCCUGUGAUGCCACCCACGCUGCUGCUGUUACUCAAGCUGGCUUUGAUCUAGCUAGAUCAAAGCCAGCUGGGCUCUGCCUACAGGUGUGGCAUGCUCACCUCCUGAUUGCAGCACCCACGUGCGAAGAGCCCUUUGUGGAGCUUUGAGAAGCUUUAGGUGCGCAGCAUCCCCGGCACCGGAGAAGUCAGACCAGCUGCUGUGGGCGGGGGGAGCCCUAGAUCCGACUGGGCACUGAAAGGAGGGGUUCUCUGUGUGGUGCUCCAGCCCCUCUACCCCUCUCUCCCUGUAGCUGGCUCGCAGUCUGGUGAGUUACAGUAACUAGGGCAACUCCCAGGCCUGCAGCUGGCAAAGAGAAGUAGCUGAUGCGACUGAUUCUGGUCCUGUCAAUAAACUCGCUGGUAAAG